AUGCUUAAACUUGAAUCAACAUCAAGCACAUCUCAAUGCAGAUUCUGUAAUCAAAUCACUAAUAUCAAAGAUCUUGUUGGAAAUGAAGUAGUAACAAGGAAGCAGAUGACUUAGAGAAAAGAAUGGUUAGAUGGAUAUUAGGAGGCAACAAAGAAUGAAAGACCCACAGUGUAGGAGGAUUGCGCAAAGUGUGAUAGUGAUCUUAUGUACUAUUUUACAAUGCAAUUAAGAAGUGCUGAUGAAGGUCAAACAGUGUUCUUUGAGUGUGUGAAAUGCGGAUACCAGUCUAAGCAAAAUACAUGA